UUGUAUCUGUGUCCAUCAUUCUGCAUCUGUUGUGUGUGUGUGUGUGUUGUGCGUGCGCGUGUGUGUGUCUGUGUUAGCCGGCUCUUGGCCAGUUUUGUUGAUUUCGGGCCCGUCAAACAAGGAGCGACAACCUAAUCAAUCAGUCAUUCAAUAUGGCAAUUUCUAAGAGCCAUCGCCUUGGCAGCAUCAGUAUCAGGAGAAGCAGCUGCAAAGUCGUUCCAGGCAGAUGCUGCACCGGGAACAGGCUGCCCCUGGCUCUGGCAUUGCUCUACGUGACGCUGGCCGCAGUGUCCAUGCUGGCUCCAUGCUCGGCUCUACCUUUCGAGUCAACGACCCUGCCUACGGAUGUCGAGGAAAUCGUGAAUCAAAAUGAAACGACCGUUGCGCCUGCCGUCCAGGAUGUGGCGAUCAUCGAUCCUGUCGAGACCAAAGCGUCUGAAGUUGUGGAUGAAUUGGUAGACACCAGCUUUGUCUCUUUGGGAGGCGAGGAUCUGGAGCAGGACAUACGAAAUGCGGUGAAGAGUGAAAUGGAGUUGGAAAUGGAGGCCGAUGCCUCAAGUCCGGUGGUGCCACUGAACGAGGAGCCGGCACAGGGACAAACAAAUGAAACCGAUCAUGAGGACACUGAAGUUCAAAGUGUUCGCGAGCCCAAGACACUUGAAGCUGAGGAAGAGGGUCCCAAAGCAGUCCCAUUGAACCCACAAGCGAACAACGAUCAGUCCCAGGAACUGCAACAAACAAAUACACAUACAGAUACUGAUACCGCUACGGCUACACUCGUUUCCAACGGGGAGGAGGAGGGCACUAGCAGGCCGUUGCCCAGCGUGACCAGUGACGUGGUGUCCGUCAUCUUCAACGAGAAUCGGGCUAUCACCGAGCAGCCCAUCACCAAAACAAACCUGCUAGCCUUGGAGCAGGAGCACGAGGAGUUUGAGGAGAGAGAGACAACUCCGUUGCCGAUCUAUGAAGGACCCAAGCACCAGGUGACCAAGAAACAAGGCGUGGAAGAUUUACUCCCCAUUGAGGUGGCGCCGGAGGUUGAUGCCGAGCCGGAGACUCCUUCGCAAGAAAUUAAAACUCAACGCGAGGACCGCACACUUGAGGAGCAAAAAGAUAGUCUCAAUGAAAUUGAUACUGAGGAGAUUGAACCAAAAGCCCUCAGCCCUGUCAACGUGGAACCUGCGCAUGCGGAAAUUGAAACUGAAGCCGAGGUCGAGGCUAGGGCGGAGAUCGCAGCAAAGGCAGAGAUUGAGGCACAGGUAGAAGAGGCAGGCCCGCCAGAGGAAACAAUCGUGGAGCCCGCAGAGCCCCAGAACACCGUUGAUGAGACUGGCCUACCAGAGACUACGGAGGAGACUGCAACUGAAGUUUUAAGCCCCGAGGAGGAGCAAUCAGCGGAGGAAGUUGUUGUAGCCCAAACUGAGCAGAUUGAGAUUCAUUCGGUAAAUGAACCAACUCAAACACACCAACUUGAAGAUUCAGAUGUCAAUCAAGACUCCCACAACGUUGAAGACGCGUCCAGCGAAGAGAAAGAAGCAGAAAGCGAUGAAACAGAUGCAAAAACCGAGCAACCCAAGCAGGAUAGCGAUUUGUCAGAGGAAGAAAAAGCAUCCGCCGGAGAUGAGCCGAAAUCACCAUCGGACGACAGCACGGCCACGCCGUUGGUGUCCUAUCCACCACACAAUGCUGGCCAGACCUUUGACAACAACUCGGCUGACGAGCAGUCAGCGCCCCUCUCGCGGCCAUCCUCCUAUCGCUCCACCAUGAUCAUCGCCCUGUGCUCUGGAACUGCAGUGAUCUUCAUUAUCACCUCGCUGGUGAUUUUCGUGGUAUCGUUCCAACGCCAGCAUGGAACACUCGACAUUGAGAUGCAGGAGCAGCGACUUGGCAAGGACUCUCUGGACGAGGAGGAUGCUCAGUUGAAGCUCCUCGAUGUGGAUCUCUCAACGCCCGUCAUUGUGUCGAUGGGCAACGAGGAGACAGACGAAUGCCUAUAGACUUUCGGCGCUGACUACCAGGGUGCCAUGUAAAUAUUUCUAAACACUGAUAUUGCUUUCACUUAAGCGAAGCAGAAACGAAGACUUGAGCUAGCUGCUCCCUCCAACUGGUUGUUGUUACACUUUGGUUGACUGAGAGAAGCGGCACACAAAUCGAAAGAAAAGCGAAAUCGAAUCGAAAUCAAUUGCCAUAUUGUUUAAUUUUAAAUGCACAUUUAUAUCUAAGAUUUUGCGAAAUUUUUCCACACAAUUUUAAUAUUUAUACGAGUACGAGUAUGUAGAAAUUUUUCGUUAGAAAUAAGCACAUUUUUAAUGAGUCUCUGAUAGGAAGUCAGAAUAAAUAUUUUC